CCUCAAUAGAGCAGUUCAGCUACCGUUGAGAGAGAAAAAAAUGUCUUCCCAUCUGUCCUUGUCUUCAGUCUUCCAACAUGAAAUAAUGAAAAUCUUAUGUUGCCAACACUGGAAAUGAGAAGAAAUGGAGAAGAAGACCGCUCUAACCUUCUUUUACAUCGAGGUUAAUAUGAUAGUAUUCUCCAUUUUUUCCCAUUUCCAAUGAUGCCAACAUAAUAUUUUCAUUAUUUUAUGUUGGAACACUGAAGACAAGGACAGAUGGGGAAGACAUUUUUUUUCUCUCUCAACGGUAGCUGAACUGCUCUAGUCUAUUAGUGACCGUGUCCCGUGAAUGUCCGAAUGUCGUGACUGAACUCAACUCACUAAACUAAACAAACUAUGCCAUCGGCCGAGACUGCCGAGAGCACCGCUGAGAGGGAGCGAGGCUCAACUCAUUAACGAUUUUUAAGGUUAUGUAGGUUUGACAGGAAAACAAUUGAACUGAGUGUUUCCUCGAGUUGACCGUAUGGCGGUACUACUGUAUCGGCCACAGAACGCUGUAGGUGAUUUCCCCUGUUUGGGCAGACCAGAUACUCCAGCUCACUAGAUUUUUUCUCCAUAUUUAGCAGACAAUGGACCUACCUAAUGAGUAGUGUUCUGUGACCAUACCAAAUUUGUUGUUUCAUGUCAUCAUGUCACGUGUUUGAUUUGAUUACCUUAACCCUACAUUUUUUGAGUUUUAGUUCUGGAAAUCGAAAUUCUUUAGAAAUUUUCCAAACAAAUUUCGAAUGACUCGUUUUGCAAGAGCCAAAGGGUCGAAAGCCUCAAAUGAACGUAUACCAGAAGAAGCAACAUCAUGGACCACAAUGAAACAACAAUUGAUUGAAAAAAAUAAGGAUAUUGAGGAAAGCAAAAGACGCAUGGAGGUUAUAGAAAAGAGGAAUAAUAAUUACAAGGCAUUCUUACAAGAAAAAGAGGAUGCAGAGAGUAAAAAAAUAGAGUGGGCAAACUUUACUGGAGUUGACAAUGAAACGUCUCCUGAACAAUUAGAUAAAAAUUACAUGAAUAUCAGCAGAGUUACUGAGAUGAAUCAAAUGUCUUUUGUUGAUGAUGAUGAUGAUGAUAGCUUCCAGGCCCUUAAAUUGAAAGUGGACAAAGUUCUGGAUAAUAAAAAUUCGAAAAGUCAAAGUGAAAGUGAUAGUGAUAAUCCACCAGAUGAAAGAAGUGCAAAAAAAGAAAUUAUAAUGCCUCUUGUCAAAAUCAAAAAAAAGAGGAAACAAAAAAUUAAAAUUGAAAAUCCUGAUAAAUUGAUUAUUAGUGAGAAUGAAAAUAAAAGCCCACUAAACACAACAGGGGAAUUGAAUGAACCAUUCAGUGGAAAGCAAAACAAAAAAAGAAAGAUGAAAAAUUCCAAGGACAGUGCUGUGGAUAAAAGGAUAAAAUUGGAUGAGCCCAUUGAGAAACAAAAUACCUUUCAAAAUAAAGAAGACAAAACUAAUAAGAAAAAGGUGGAUAGUACAAAGAAGAAAAAGAGUGGUAUGUUGCCAAAGAAGGCUCUUAAGGAAAACCCAACUCCACAAGAUUUAAAAAAAAUUGAGAAAAAGAAACAAAAACGUAUCAGGCAACUGGAAAAGAAAAAAAAAUUGAAAUCUGAACAAAAACAACAAAAGGAUCUGGAAGAAUCACUGAAAGCAGAUAAUGAAAAAUCUUCACCAAUAGGUGAUGGCGGUGAGGACAUGGUUAACAAUAACUCUUUGAAAAAAGAAAAUGUAAAGGGUAAAUCUCCAAAACCCCUCAUUAAAAAUUCCAAUGGGACUCAGAAAAAACAACUCAAAAAUAGAGACAAAGAAGAACAUCCAAGAAAAAAACCUUUACUGCCACAUAAAAUGUUUAUCAAUGGACAGGAGCUUGAGAUUGACUAUGUUGAUGGCUUUCCAGUUAAAAAAGAAGAUGCAUUGAGACUAAAAAAGUUAAGAAGAGAGAUGAUCAGCAAAGGCUUACCUAGGAGUGAAAUAAACCAAUCAUUGAAACUUGAAAGAAGAAAGGCUGAAAAAGCUUUUGCUAGAGAAAAGAAGAAGGUUUGCUUCAAUUGUCGGACCUCAGGCCACAACUUAUCAGAAUGUCCAGAACUCGGCAAGAAUCAAGUUGUUCAAACUGCUGGAAGUGGUAUAUGCUUCAAAUGUGGAUCAACAGAACACACUCACUUUGAAUGUAAAGUGGUUAAAGGACAGGAAUUUAAGUUUGCUCAGUGCUUCAUCUGUCAAGAGCAAGGACAUAUAGCAAGACAGUGUCCCGAUAAUGCUAGAGGAUUAUAUCCAAAAGGUGGUGCAUGCAACGUUUGCGGUGAUGUGACACAUCUAAAACGAGACUGCCCCAAGUACCAAGCUCAACAACAGCACCUGGAAAAUAGCUUGAAAGUAGAAACGGUUGGAUUCAGCAAUCCAGAUGUUUUAGAGAUCAACAACGAAAAUCCGCAGUUCUCUAUGAAUAGGAAACAGAAUAAAAUUAUUAAAUUUUAACUUUGACUAUACCUGUAAGUAAAAAAUAUAGUUUUAUUUUCCGUUGAUUCAUGCAAAUAUUUACCCUUUAAUAUAAGUUCACAAGGCGUCCUAUGGCAUUUAGGCCAGCAGAA